GAAACCGGAGCGAUUUAUUGAAUUUGCCCCACUGAACCACUUGCAAAGUGCGCCACAAAAAACCUUUCGGGAAAAGCGGUCGAAGUUUCAUUUUGCGUCCAGAUGAAAUCAGCUUUUGCCGGAGUAGAACCAGUUUUUUCCAAGCCAAAGCCGAUGCGAUACUCUCCAUAUGUAGUACUAGUAUGUGUCCCAAUCUGUCGCUAUGCUGUUGUAUAACAAAAAUAAUCACAAGGCGGCCAAUAAAUGUGCAAAAAGUACUCUAGUUCUCUAUACCCUGUAAUAAGGAAGAAAAUUCUUAUAUUUUCUUACAUAUGUAAUCUAUAACUAAAAGAAAAGUUAACUUAAAUGAGUGGAAGGAAAUAAAAUUUAUAAGUAGGGAAGUAUUCAUUCAUAUAUUAGUUCAUGGAAUAGGGUGUAAAAGGUAAAACUGCUUACGUCUUAAAAAAUAAUAUAGUAAUUUUAAUCAACUUAUUUUGAACUGCAAUCUGAGAUGCAUACAGGUCAUCUGAUAGUCGAGCAGCACAGAUGGUUGUAUGUAAAAUCUCCCCUGAUAGGCUUAUCAAAUCUCUGGCGUUUUUUCGCUUUUUAUUCGUUUUUUGUUUGCCUUUGGAUUAAUCUAUAUCAGAUGACUGAUCGAUGACCCGAUCGAUUAGCUAGACAGAGCAGGUGUCCCAGCCACAAUAUAGUUAGCUGAAUUGUCAAUAAAAGAGCUUACAUAGUUUCUUUAUACAAUUCACUGUUAUCUCUCCCACGAGGUUUGGGCCUGUCAUAAAUUGAGCGAACCUGUUGCCAAGUUCAUGUGGCAUUCUCGCAUUUGGACGACUCCCCACAGUCUUCUAUACUCACGUACAUAUGUACAUAUAGCCAUAUAAAUAAAACUCAAUGUCGGCCGCUGCUCUUGUUGAUUUUGCUCGACUUUCCGCAGUGCAUUGCCAAAAAAAAUUAAGAUCCGUACAAAAACGUUUGUAGAGUAAGCGUCACACCUGCGGAAGGGGAAGAGAAUAUUAUAUUUAAUUAGUGCUUUAUCGUAAAUUGACUCAAGAUAAUAUAUAGGUAUGUAUGGCUAAAAAUAUAGAGAAUUUUCAAUGAAGUAGAUCAAGUUCAAUAGCAGCUGAACAAACACGAUUGAGAGGGUAUAUUUGUUUAAUAGGAAACCAUAUGUUUGUGAAUCAAUUGUUAAAUUCCUUAUUUACACGAAAUAUAUGUAAAACCAGUGUAAAGUACAAAAACAUUUGCCUACUUUUAGGCAGCCUUUCAAGAACACUUAAAAAUAGAAGGAAAUUCAUUAAAUGCCUUGACCAUAACCCAACAUGACCGUCAAAGAAAGCUUCAAAACUAUAAAGUGGGCUAAAUCAAUAUUUGCUUUAUUUCAAUUUUACCAAUUUAUAUAAAAAGAUUCAUUGAAUAAUACCAUAGAUUCCCGUAUUGCGGAAAUAAAUGGAAGUCGUUUUAUUCAUUCAAUUUGUUUUUAGUUUAUUAGCCAAAUGAAUUGCAAUCAAUUUGCUCUUGAAUUAAUGCAAAUCAUGAAAGUGCAUAAUAAUUUAUUAGCUACAAAUUAGCAUUGGAGGCUCUCGUCUUUCCUGACGUCGUUCUCUUUCGAUUGCAAUUUUGGGGAGGAACAAACUGAGGCGUAAAAUUAAUUAUGUCUGUGUGGAUGUCAAGUGACAGGCGGCUGACAUAGAGCCUAAUUAAUCAAUCGCAGCUGAUUGAAUAGUGUACUUUAUUUAUCUGUAAUUGAUUGUUUGCGGAAUACGGAAUUCAAUUGCCAUUUUACCCACCAUUGCACUUCAAAAUUAAGUAACACGCUCGAAAUUGAUUAGAAAUAAAUGUUUGAAUGUAACACAAAUUACUUCCUUUAAUUAUCUUUUUUGUUUUUUUUUUUGUUGUAAACACAAUUUUUGUAAUAUUUGUAAUUAUUUCACACUCGAUAUAACCUCAGCCAGCUGUAAGUUCAAGUGGAAUCUUGUUUGUUAUGCUUUCGAAACAAUAACAACGCUUGUCAUACUGAUUCAUCGGGUCAAGUUUAAAGUCAAGUCGAUGAAAGUAUUAUAUUUAGCAUUAAGCUUAUGACUUUUAGGCAACCAAAACCGAGUCACUAUUUGGCUAAUAAUAAAUUUGACAUUUUGGAAAGUAAUCAAACAAAAUGUGGUUUGCCUUUAAACGAACCGAAUGAGAGUGGCAAUUUCGAUUUCAUGCUAUAUAUUAUACCUAUGACUGAAAUGACUGAAUGACUGAACCAGCGGCAAUCUGUCUGCUCUUUUUUUUUUUAAUGAGAAACGAGAGAGAUCAGAUCAGGGAACUGAGCAACUGGCAACUGGCAGCUGGCACUUGAUUGCCUCGAUCUCGGCUAGAGUCGGCCAGAAGAUAUAAAUAAGGAAAGGCAACGCACGCGCGUAUUAAUUGUUGGCUGUUCUAAACGGCCAGAAGUGCGCUCGAUUCAUAUGUACAAUUGCAUAGCUCGAUUAAUAACUCAUACGCAGCGUGGUCAAUGAAAUAAAAGUAAUAAGUGAAAUGGAUCAAAAGAGUACCGGAAACUAUGGCCAUCGUCGUCAGCCAGCUUUGGGCAAGGCCAUGCCAGUAACAGCUCUAUUGCUUAAUUUAGAAGUGAAUCCUUUGGAUUACAGAAGAAGUGAUGGUGGUUCCGAGGUUAUCGAAGAAGAUGAUAUACCACCUCAGGUUUUUAGUGUAACAGAUGAGCCACCAUCACCAAAUGAUGAUGACUUUAAGCCACCCAAUCAUCAUGAGGAAGAUAAAAAACUGGCCGGUGAUUCGCAAAGGGAUAUACCCUGUGCAAAUUGCCUGCGAUCGGCGCCCGAUCACCUAAUCGAUCGCCACAUGGCUAUUAAUGAGAUGUGCCAUCGCCUGUGUGGUCCCGAAUGCAGACAACCUCAAGGCCUUACGCUUGACGGAUUUCGCCAGGAUUUCCUUAGGCAAUAUGAGAUUGCGGAAGCUGUGGCCAAGACCUCGGCCAUGACCUCCACCGUUCAGAUGAAACAGCGCCUGGCGGCACGUAAACUGGAAAUUGAAAAGGAAAUGGAUGAACAGCUGGGCGUGGCCAGCCCCCAUAUCGAUAUCAAUCUCGGCCAGAGUAGUUCCGCUGCAACACCAGCUUCAACAUCGGCUGGAACUGGAGAAUUGGAGUUUGAGCCGCCUCGCGAUUUGCUCUUGUAUCUGGUGAGGUGAGAGACUCGUUUCUUACAGGGUAAGGCUGUAUGCCUUACCUGUCGUGCUUAUAAAUCAAGUUCAUGGCUGGCAGCGUGUCAAGUGUUCUUAGGCAUUGGCCAGGCCUCAAAGCCACUUAGCGGCAAUCAACAACAACAACAUCAGCUCACCGAGAGCAACAAAAACUAACCUUGCACAAUUUGCGCGAAAGUGAUCAUGACAAAACUGACAGUAUAUAGAUAUAUAUACAUAGCUGUAUGCCAGGGAAAGGGGAAAUACGACUGAAUUAAUUAAAAAUAAUAAUAAUAAUAAAACAAAAAUAUGUGAA